UUUCUCUAAAUAGAUAAAUGGCUACGUGUCACAACUUAAAUUGUCGGUACAGACGGUGCAUACAUACCCUGUGUUUUUGGACCCCGCAUUCUCCGUGGUGGCAAUGGAAAACAGAAAGUACUUUCGGAGUCAGUCGGGGGUGUCCCAACUGAGAUGGCCCCGCCCCCAACCGAGCAGGGGGUUCCUCCUCUACAAGCGGUCGCCGUCGCCCCUUCGCCAAUUCGACAAGGGCGGCGGAGCCCCCCUCCAGGGGUUCCUCCUCUACAAGCGGUCGCCGUCGCCCCUUGGCCAAUUCGAAAAGGACGCCUCCGCCGCCCGAUCCUGGGGUCUUCUCCUCCUCCUCCUCCUCCUCGGAUUGCCGUUCGCGCCUCGCGUUCAACAAGAAACCCAAAAGAAAAACCUAAUCGGUCGCAAGUUCCCGGGACGAUCCUGGGCACUUUUUACUCCUUGUCUUCGUUCGAUUCGGUUCGGUGGGGAUGGGGAUGGGGGGGAAUGGAAAUGGAAAUGGAACCGGUACUGCGACAACACUUCGCUGGUACAGAUCGAGGGGGUGAACGGUGUCUCCGGGGGCAAGGUGACUCGAUCCCACGGCCACACCGGUCCCGCCCGAUUCCAUGGAUGGAACGACUUGGUUUUCUUGUACCCGAGCAACGACGACAGGUUGGUGGUGGUGGUGUGGGUGCGUGGAAGCUCGCUAGCCGUCGAUGAACUCCUCUACAGUAUAGAAUAAAAGAGAGAGAGAGGAGACGCGGCAUUCGAUGAUUGACCAUAUGCCAUAAAGGUGGAUCGGGACGAAGAGUUCAUUGUUAGGCCGUUUCUCACAAUCUCUCAAUCGUUUGGGUUUGAUCUCUUGUGCAUGUAACAACACAGAGU